AUGGAUUUGCCAAACGAACAUGAGGAGAACAGUGGCAGCACUGUCGAUCCAGAGCGCCCAUCCUGUCAAGGAUGUCGACGACGGAAGCUGAAGUGCUCACGGGAACUGCCGACAUGUUCGCAAUGUAACCGACUCGGCUCGCCAUGCGUCUAUGAUACAAAAAGAAAUAAACCCGGCCUCAAAACAGGUGCUGUAGAGAGCUUGAGUCGUCGAAUUGAGGUCCUAGAAGAUGCACUUCAAGAGGUACAGGCGAGGGAUAGCAGCUCUGUCAAUCACGGAUACCAGGAGCAUGGCUCUGAGCAGCACAAUCGUCUUGACGGAGUUGUCAACUUACUGUCAACAGUAUGCAUGGAGUUGUGUAAAUUUAAUAAUCAGAAUAGCCAGACAUCGAAUAACCCGCUGCGAGAAAGGAUGAGCCGCCAUUCACAUGAGACGCCAAAGACCAGUACAGCCUCUGAACAGUCGCCCAAUUAUGCUUAUGAGACCCUACAGUCGUCUGGACCUCGUAAGCGACGACGAGUGGAUAGCUGUGGGAAUCCGCAUAUUCACCUUGAUGUGCCCUUUGAAGACCUGUUGGAUGCGUCAUCUAGUUUGCCUGCUCCGGAUUUACUUGAAAACACUGUGAAUGAGUAUUUCAACAAAAUUCAUCCUUGGAUACCGAUUAUUCACGAGACUCGGUUUCGAAGUCGCAUGCAUGACCCAGAACAACGACUUCAAUUGGUUAUAAUUAUUCACGCUAUGGUGGUUGCUGCGAUCCGAUAUGCUCAUCCAGAGGCUCAUGGUAUCUCAGCCGCUGAUGUAGAGUUGAAGGCCAGAAGGUCGAGAAAUAUUGUCGUCUUAAAUGCGAUGGAUAGUCUAUCAGUCGAAAAUCUUCAAGCAUUAACGAUUAUUGCCUUUGAUGAUAUUGGCAAUGGCAACACCUCUAGAGCUUGGUCCAUUGUUGGAUCCUUGACUAGGACGGUGGAGUAUCUUAGACUUAGUGUCGAAGACGAAGAUCGUGAUGUACAGCGAUUACUCAAGCCUUUAUUAUCCUUACCACCCUCUCAGAAAUGGGUUGAGGAAGAGGAGAGGAGACGGGUAUUUUGGACUAUAUUUAACCUGGACCGAUUCUGCUCAGUUGCAACAGGGUACGUCCCCGAAAUUUCCUUGAGGACUCAUUCUCUGUUUUAUUAUAUUAAUAUUUUAUGUAGUUGGAAUACCAGUCUGACAGCAGAUGAUGUACAUCGUCGUCUCCCUGCCGAUGGAGGUCUCUGGCAUAGAGAGGAGCAGGUGAAAACACCCUUCUUUGGAAUAUGGGAUCGAUCUGAAGCGCGAAUUGGUAACUCUAUCGCCUUUUUACCUGCCAAAUACUCUGGUGUCCCCCAGAGCCCUGAUCAGUUACCAACUUCCACCAUACAAAAUGCAUCGCCCCAAUCUACUGCCCCAAGCUCCUCCAUGCCAGAUAUGUCAACAGUGGGCGCUUUUGCCUAUUGUGUCGAAGCAACAGAGUCUCUUAGCAGAGUCACUACCUUUUUCCUUCAACAAGAAAUCAACUUCCAUGACCGACAGGAAGUCAGCAACUGGCUCACACGAUUCAAAGAGUUGGAUCUUCGUUUGGUACAUUGGAAAAUGUUUCUUCCACAGAAAUGGAAAGAUUCCAAUAUAUCGCGGCAGCCAACGUUAAUACACAUGGAUCCAAAUCUCACCCUCGCCCAUGUCACCCACAACACCUCUAUGAUCCUUCUACACCAACGCAUGGCAUACCCACCCGCCGAGUGGGCCAACAUUGUACGACUCCCGAGUGACUGUAGCGCCGAAACAUGCCAAAAUGCAGCCAUUGAAAUCCAGAAUAUGACCGCGAAAUACCUGGGUAAUACACCCGAAAGUGACCCAAUAGCAAAUCAAUUCGUCUUCUGUGUUUUUGUUGCCGCUCGAGUUCUUCUAGUUCAUUGGCGCUACUAUGCAUCUCCCCUUCCAACAGAGCUCUGGUAUCUUAUAAACAGCCUAGACGAGAUGGCCCGUCGAUGGCUUGGAUCCUCAUCUCACAGACACUGUCUUGCCAGCACCUACGCAGACCACUUGCGCGAUCUAUAUCAGCGUUGUGUGUUCUCUCCAAAUUUUAGCGUAGAUGUCCUAGGUUAUUCGACAGUUGUUUCCAACAAUCACGCACUUUCUAUACCUGGGUCUACCAUAUCCACUCGCUCUCCGCCGGAUCAUCGACUCCCACACCAAGAGGCCCAUGCAUCAAUAACGACUCCGCGACGUGCCUCUGCUGCCGGCUCGAGAGUAUUCCAUCCAGUAUCACAAUGGAAUACCGCCAAUGAAGUCCUCGGGACAGAUAAAGUGUAUGGAUCAUUUGGUGAGCCAAUUCUCAAUGGUUCACCGACCGCCCCAGUCUCAAUGGGUUAUCCGGUAAAUGAUCCGCCCCCAGCUGAUGAGCUCUCCACUAUUUCAUAUCUUCUUCUUGAUCAGCGUUUUAUGGAUAUGGACCGGGUAAUCAGUGUUGACGAUAUGAUGUUCUCCGCAAACAUGGGUCCAAUAAAUGGAGGAAAUACGGAACUCUCUCGUGAAUGA